GGCGUUACGUGCGCGCACCAUCCAGACAGGGUCGGGUUGACCGCGAGGAAGUGCCGUGGACGAGCGCCGGAGCUGUUCUUGGUUCUCCCUGAUCUCCCCUGGGCGCAUCCAAAUAAUCGCUCCCGAAACCCCGAGAUCUGAUUAAAAACGGCGUUUUUCUACAUUCAACCCCCUGAAACACGCUGCAGCAGGCUGCGACGGGAGAUUUCUUUGCUGUUACGGAGCGCGGGAGCAUGGCGGCCGAAGUAAAUGGCAACUCAGCGCCGGCGAAGGAGGAUGAGGAGCCGAUGGACAUAAGCUCGACCCACACAGAGAAUUACCAGACCCUUAUAGACGCCGGCCUUCCGCUGAAAGUCGCCGAGAGCUUGGACAACAUCUUCCAGACGGGGUUGGUGGCGUACGCAGACCUGGACGAGCGGGCCAUCGACGCCCUGCGGGAGUUUAACGAGGAGGGCGCCCUGUCCGUGCUACAGCAGUUCAAGGAGAGCGACCUUUCCCAUGUGCAGAAUAAAAGCGCGUUUCUCUGCGGCGUCAUGAAGACGUACAGGCAGAGGGAGAAGCAGGGCAGCAAAGUGCAGGAGUCCACGAAGGGUCCUGACGAGUCCAAGAUAAAGGCGCUCCUGGAGAGGACGGGGUACACUCUAGACGUGACGACGGGGCAGAGGAAGUACGGGGGACCCCCACCGGAGGAGGUGUACUCAGGCCUGCAGCCUGGAGUGGGCACAGAGGUGUUUGUGGGGAAGAUCCCACGGGACCUGUAUGAGGACGAGCUGGUGCCGCUGUUCGAGAAGGCGGGGCCCGUCUGGGACCUGCGGCUGAUGAUGGACCCGCUGUCGGGUCAGAACCGCGGCUACGCCUUCAUCACCUUCUGCAACAAGGACGCUGCACAGGAGGCCGUCAAACUCUGUGACAACUACGAGAUCCGGUCGGGGAAAUACCUGGGUGUGUGCAUCUCCGUGGCGAACAACCGGCUGUUCGUCGGAUCGAUCCCAAAGAACAAAACCCGGGAGAGCAUCCUGGAGGACUUCAGCAAAGUGACAGAGGGCCUCAUGGAGGUCAUCCUGUACCACCAGCCGGACGACAAGAAGAAGAACCGCGGCUUCUGCUUCCUGGAGUACGAGGACCACAAGUCGGCGGCGCAGGCCCGGCGCCGGCUCAUGAGCGGCAAGGUGAAGGUGUGGGGCAACCCCGUGACCGUGGAGUGGGCCGACCCCGUCGAGGAGCCCGACCCGGAGGUCAUGGCCAAGGUGAAGGUGCUGUUCGUGAGGAACCUGGCCACGCCUGUGACGGAGGAGCUGUUGGAGAAGACCUUCUCGCAGUUCGGGAAGCUGGAGCGCGUGAAGAAGCUGAAGGACUACGCCUUCGUGCACUUUGAGGACCGAGACGCCGCCGUGAAGGCGAUGCAGGAGAUGAACGGCAAGGAGCUGGAGGGCGAGGAGAUCGAAAUCGUCCUGGCCAAGCCGCCCGACAAGAAGAGGAAGGAGCGGCAGGCGCAGCGGCAGACCACCAGGAACACCGGGUACGACGACUAUUACUACUACCCUCCCCCUCGAAUGCCCCCGCCCCCGGUGCGGGGCAGAGGGCGCGGGGGCAGAGGAGGCUACGCCUACCCCCCGGACUACUACGGCUACGAGGAGUACUACGACGACUACUACGGCGGCUACGACUACCACGACUACCGGGGCGGCUACGACGACCCGUACUACGGCUACGACGAGGGGGGCUACGCGCCCCGGGGCAGGGGCGGCAGGGUGAGCCGGGGCGCCCCGCUCCCGCCCAGGGGCCGCGGGGCCCCCCCGCCGCGCGGACGGGGCGGCGGCGGGGGCUACGCCCAGCGCGGGGCGCCGAUGGGGGCCCCCAGGGGCCGCGGGGGCCGCGGCGGCCCGGCGCAGCAGCAGAGGGGCCGCGGGGCCCGGGGGUCCAGGGGAAACCGCGGGGGGAACGUGGGCGGCAAACGGAAGGCCGACGGCUACAACCAGCCCGACUCCAAGCGCCGGCAGACCAACAACCAGCAGAACUGGGGCUCCCAACCCAUCGCCCAGCAACCGCUGCAGCAAGGGGGCGACUAUUCCGGUAACUAUGGUUACAAUAAUGACAACCAGGAGUUUUAUCAAGAUUCAUACGGGCAGCAAUGGAAGUAGGGACAGACGAAAAAGGAGGAGUUAACGGGGGGCGGGGGGAUCGUACCGCAAAACAGAAACAAAUAAAAAGGAAAUUGGCACCCCCCCUCCGUCGGUUGGCUCUGUAUCCGUCUCACACACACACACACACACACACACACACACACACACACACACACACAUGCACUAGCAGUGAGGAAACCGGAGCGUGAUUGGCUAGACAUCAUCCCAUGUUGAAACGUGUGUCCUGAAGACCGGGGUGUAAAUAUACACGUGCACACUCAACCUUUUCUGACUGUUCUCAUCCGUUUUCCCCUUUUCCCCUUUUCCCUGUUGUGGUUUUACCUGGGACAUUUAUGGCUUUAGAAACAAGAAAAUGCCUUUGUUUUUUUUUUUUGUUUUUUUCCUUUUCCUUUUAUUUUUUUUAAGCAACAAAAAACGUUUUAAAACGUUUCUCGUCGUUUUAUUGAUUUAAUUUCAUUUUUCUCCCCCCCCAAAGCCAGCGUUUUAACAUUUUAAAAAAGAAAUGGUGGACUCUUUUUUGGGGAAGUCUGAGAAGACGUUAAAAUCAUGAACGUGCCCCCCCCCCCCUCCCCAGUUGGACUUUUCCCCUUUGGGAUUUCUUACUCGUAGAUGUAGGAAUUUGCUUGUAUAUAUAGGCUUAAAGCAUCGGCUUUAUUUUUCAUUUGUUUUGCAGAGAUGGGAAAAAAAUUAUCCACAGGAAUGAGAGGAAGAAACUGCGAAAUUUCUUGUAUUAGGAAAGUAACGUUGAAGUGUAUGUUUAGCAUUUGUAGAAGUAGAUUAAUUGUGUUUUUUAAAAAAACUGUUAUUACAAUUUCAAGCGUUUUUUCUCUCUAAAUUUUUUCCCUUCUAGAUUUUGGUUUGGCUGAACCUUAAUAGCCAAGGCUGUUCUUUGAUGUGUUUGUAUUUAUAACUUGUUCUUGUUACAUUUCAAUAAAACUCAACCAUACAUCAUUCAA